UGUAAUUCUCAAAAGAUUGUUAAGAGAGUUGUCGAGGUUUAUGAGGUUUAUUCGCUCAGUUUUUGUCAUAAUAGACGAUGAAAGCAACAUUGCUGACGAGGAAAACAAACAAGGCCUAAAAUCUCACUCUAUCGCCUCAAAGACCCAUUCAUUCCUAACAUCGUUGUGUUCGCUGCUUGACUGUUUUAGGCAAACUAGUGCAAUUCCUUCAAUUGUUGUUCUCUUCCAUUCUUUUGGUACUGUGAAGGAGGAGUUUCUUCUUCCGCAUCUUGAUAUUUGUCUACCUCUUCAUCCAAUUGUUCAAUGUAAAACAGAAAAAUCUGCUCGUUUUUCUUCUCUUCACGCUUUAUGUCAUGCUUUUGCUGUUAGCUACAAGAUGAAUAUACAAAUUGGACUUAUUGGGGAGACAACUGGAUUGAUUUGUAAUCGAAAUGUAUUUUUGGAGUUUGAAUGUUUGUCAGGUCUUAAAAGUGAGGAAAAGUCGGAAAUAAAUUUUUUCGAACUUGGAAGAAUUGAUGGAGAUGAAGAGAUUUUUACUUUUACUCGUUUACUUUUAUUUUCAAAUGUUAAAUUGGAAGAACAACAAAAACAACAAGCAAUUCAAUCGUUGUCUUCUCUUCAAAAUGAUUGUUCCAUUUUAAAUGAAAAUACAAAAUUUGCUUGGUCUAAAAUGCCUUCUGAAGAGUUUAAUGAUGAUAAAAUUGAAAAAGAAAUUUUUGAGAAUUGGCCAAGUCAUUUGGUGUUUUUUCAAAAGGAGAAAGAGGACGAAAAAUUUUUGGGGGAAGGCGGGCCGGCAAAUUUGAAGAAGAAUAUUUGUUCAAAUUUGUUUUCUCCUUGGCUUCUUAAACAAGUUUGUAGUGAAUUUCGAAUAAAUUUUGUGGAGUUUCCUCAACAAAAAAGUUUUGAAAAAAUGAAGAUGAAUAUGGAAGAAGUAAAAAAUCGAAAAGAAAUUGUAGACUUUUUUGAGAAGAAAUUGGAAAAUUUAAUAAUGAAGAUGGAAGGGUGAAGAGAAACUAAAAGGGAAGACAAAAAUAAAUAUUUGGUGGUGGGAAAAACAAAAUCAAAAUAAAUUUGCUGGUGAUGGUUUUACUACUAUAAUUCUUCUAAUUUUUGCUUGGUGAUGGGUUUUGUUUUUUUGCUGAGGUUUUAACAGGUUUAUAAUAUUUUUGUAAUUUAUUAUUUUUUAAUAAUGUUAAUUAGGUGAGCAAAAGAUAAAGAAAAAAUAAAAAAAAUUUUAAACUUAAAAUUCCUCUAGUUUUUUAAUAUUCUUCUCAUAUUUUUCCUCUUUAUUUUCUCGAGAUUUUUUCUCAUUAUUAAUCAUCACACUUCCGGAAAGUUUUUUUUUAAUUUUCUUUUGCUCUUUUUGUUUUCUCUACUAAUAUUUAAGAGAGAAAAAUAUUUUCUAUUUUGCUCUAUUUUCUUCCUUCCAAUAUAUUUGUGAAUAUAAAUUCCUUCGUGUGGUAGUUUCUGCUGCUGGGAGUGAAAUGAACGGGAAAAGGACUAUUUUCUUACUCUUCUACCAACAACUUGUUGACCGAUACACUCGUUUCUUUUCUUGUCAUUUUCUUUGAAAGUUUAAUUGAACUAAUUGUUUGUGUGUUUGGAAUUCUUCAAUGUUGAGAGAUUUUUGUUUUUUUUUCUGAACGACUUUUGACUGAUUAAGUUUUUUUUGCUUUUUUUUUAAACGUAUUUUGUGAAUUUUCUUGAAGGUUUUGCUUUUCAACAAAGUUUUGCUUUCCAAAAAAAUUUUUUUCUGUUGUCUUCAUGUUUUUCUUUGUCUUCUAAUCAAUUUUCUCCUUUUAAUCAGCCAUUUUAUAAUUUUAAUU